GCAGGAUAGAAGAAAUGAUGGCAGAAGGACCUGUGUGAGGCUGUGGAGGAGGCGGUGCUCAGCUGUGCUGGAGUGGAGGUCACAUGUCACCCCAGUAGUAAGGAGAUUACAUGAGGAGGAGUUUAGUGAUGAGAGAACGAUGGGGAACACCAGGCGGACAGAAGAAAAUGUGAUAGGAGACGGGUAUGAAGACUUUCCAAUGCAGUGUAUAUCCUGCCAAUAAACAAGAUGGCUCCCGCCCCCAUAAACACUGAUACUCACAUCUAGGGAGAAGCUCAGUGCGGAUCAUCCUGCGGCCCCGGAUACAAGACGCCUCUGGACGCCAUGAAAGGUCCCCGGGAGGAGCUGAUUUACGUGCCUUGUAUCUAUCGCAACACCGGGGUGGACAAGCCGGACUACUUGGCCACUGUGGAUGUGAAGCCCGGAUCUGACGCAUACUCCCAGGUCAUUCACCGUCUGCCGAUGCCCAAUGUGAACGAUGAGCUGCACCACUCGGGCUGGAACACCUGCAGCAGCUGCUUCGGGGACCCCUGUAAAGUGAGGAACAAGCUGAUCCUGCCUUGUCUCAUCUCCUCCCGAGUCUAUGUGGUGGAUGUGGGAACUGACCUGCGGGCCCCUCGCCUCCACAAGGUGGUGGAAGCUGAGGAGGUGCGGAAGAAGUGUGGUCUGGUGGAUCUGCACACCUCUCACUGCCUGGGCUCCGGGGAAAUCAUGAUCAGUGCUCUGGGAGACCCUGAAGGAAAUGGCAAAGGAGGCUUCGUCUUGCUGGAUGGGGAGACAUUUGAAGUAAAAGGGAACUGGGAAGUGGAAGGACAAGCUGCACCGUACGGCUACGACUUCUGGUAUCAACCGCGGCACAACGUCAUGAUCAGCACCGAGUUUGGGGCACCGAAAUUUUACCGUAACGGAUUUAAGAUAGAAGAUGUAGCAGCAGGACACUAUGGCCGCCAUAUACACGUGUGGGACUGGACCAAGCACACCCGUAUACAGAGCCUGGACCUGGGAGAGGACGGCAAAAUCCCACUGGAAAUCCGCUUCCUGCACAAUCCAGACGCUCAGGAGGGCUUUGUCGGCUGCGCCCUCAGUAGCUCUGUAUUCCGAUACUUUAAGGCAAAAGAUGGUAAAUGGGCUGCGGAGAAGGUGAUCCAGGUGCCAGCCAAGAAGGUCCAGGGAUGGGCAUUACCUGAGAUGUCAGGUCUGAUCACUGAUAUCCUGCUCUCACUGGAUGACCGCUAUCUGUACCUCAGUAACUGGCUGCACGGUGACCUCAGGCAGUAUGACAUCAAGGACACCAGUCACCCUAAGCUGGUGGGACAGAUCUUUCUGGGGGGCAGCAUUCUGAGCGGAGGUCCGGUGACUGUGUUGGAGGACAAAGAGCUGAAAUGUCAGCCUGAUCCAGUGACGGUAAAGGGUCGGAGGGUCUCUGGGGGUCCUCAGAUGAUCCAGCUCAGCCUAGACGGGAAAAGGCUCUAUGUGACCACGUCUCUAUACAGCACCUGGGACAAACAGUUCUACCCUGACAUGAUCCGGGACGGCUCCGUCAUGCUGCAGAUUGAUGUGGACACAGACAACGGAGGCCUCCAGCUGAACCCCGACUUCAUGGUGGAUUUUGGGAAGGAGCCGGAUGGUCCGGCCUUGGCUCAUGAGUGUCGCUAUCCAGGGGGUGAUUGCAGCUCCGACAUCUGGAUAUAGGGGGCGUCAUCACCCCCAGUCCCCCAAAACCCCAUCUGCUCUGUAUGACUCCAUCCCCCUUUACACAUCUUACCUUCUAAUGUAAUUGUACUACUACCCCCAGCAUGCUGCCUGCUGGUCUCUUCAUACACUUGUCCUCACAGGUUAUGUGCUAUCUUUCAAUGAUUAUUGAGAUUUCAGAAUAAAAUUUCCCAUAAUUGUCCUGAAUCCGGGUGGUAAAGAU